GUAAAACACCGUAACUUCUCACCGAAGAAGAACCCGCACUGCGCAUCAACACUGUGUCAAAUAACAAGCACACCGCUAUGCUAUAAAGUGCGCGUCCUGCUUGUCUCGCAGCAUGGCUCUAGUUCCGUACGUGGAGAACCCGCUACCGGCUCUCUCCAAGCUCCACAACUCAUCGGCGCAGUUCCGGUUCGCCGACCGCGACCUCCGCCUGGCGCAGGACUGGAAGAGUCUCGGGGUGGCCGCGGUCGUGUGGGACGCGGCCGUCGUCAUGUGCAUGUACCUGGAGAUGGGCACGUUGGAGUUAAAGGGGAAAGGGGUCAUCGAACUGGGAGCCGGCACCGGACUGGUGGGCAUCGUCGCGGCCCUGAUGGGUGCCAAAGUGACCAUCACUGACCGAGAGCCAGCCCUGGACUUCCUCUCCGCCAACGUGAAGGCCAACCUGGCCCCGGACUCCCAGGGGUCAGCGGUCGUGUCCGAGCUGAGCUGGGGGCAGGACCUCGAUCGCUACCCAGCCGGGGGGUUCGACCUGGUCCUGGGGGCGGACAUUGUCUACCUGGAGGACACCUUUGUGCCGCUGCUGCAGACCCUGGAGCACCUGUGCUCGGACACCACCGUGGUGCUUCUGGCCUGCAAGAUCCGCUACAAACGAGACACGGACUUUCUGAGCAUGCUGAGGAGGCAGUUCAGGGUGGAGGAGGUCUACUAUGAGACACAAAGGGACAUCCAUGUGUACAAAGCCUGGAAAGUGUCCCCCAGAGAGGACUUGUGAUGACUGGGUGUCCGAUCCAUUCAGGUUCACUGCCUUCUUAGUUGUGGUAAUUCACUGUUUUUUUGUUUGUUUUUUUUGCAUACAAAUAAAGAUGUUUAAAACAAAUAUUACCAGAAACACAUUUAUUAACAGCUGCCAAAAAUGUAAUAUGUGAAUAGCUCUAACGUAAUGCACUGUAUCAUACACGUUGGUGCUGACAUUUAGAAAUUGUGAAUACAAAAUGAAUGAAAAGCAACAUUAAAAAAAUAAAAGCAUAGUAAUGACUAAAUAAUACAACAUGGCAUUCCACUAUGACGAAAAUAUACUUUUAGUUCAGUG